CACUGACUCUACAGUCAUCGCUCUCCUCCUCUCUGGCACCUCACAUUAGUCUGCCUCACUACCUCCACGCAGCAGGUGUUAACUCUCUCGUAGAUAACUCAGACAAACUCAAACUGAGUUUAGUCGAUCUUUUCUCGCUUUAUUUGAGCGAGGGGAUGCCCUGCCUGGUCUCCAUGGAGUUUAGCAGCGCGACUCCCGGCGCAUCUCCCUCCGCCUCCGCCGCUGGGACAGAGGAGUCCUUCCGCAGUGAAAUACCGUCUGCCCCGCCGAUGGUAAAGGGCAUGGGCUGGUUCUUCUCCCCGCUGUGGAGCCCCCGCGCCUCCAAGAAGCAGAGCAAGAGGUUUGGAGAGGGCAUGAAAAGCGAUCAUGUGGAGGCAUGGCUGGAUGACCACUCCGACUUUACGAGGGCGUACUUUUUACGCAGAGCCUCCGCGGUCAGUGGUCCACAGGCAGAGACCUCUCCACUGCUGCCUAAGAGGAGCAGCUCUGAGCACUCUGACCUGCUCAUGAAGGCUCAUCAUCAUCACAGAGCUUCCUCGCCAGUGACCGGCUCACACUUGAACAUUUCAUCCCCCAUGGACAGGCUCAAACCCCUCAAUUGCAAUCUCAGCGCCCCUGAGUGGAUGGAGUGUUCUGGAUGCAGUCCAGAUAUAUUGUGCUGUCAGUCCCCUUGCUCUCCCCGCUCUUCACGCUUCUCUUUUUCUCCCUUCCAUCCACUUUCUCCUGUUUGCCCUUGCUCCCCCGACUUACCCCACUCUCCUCUGCCCCUGCGACCGUCUGCUGCAAAGGCUGCAGCCUGCGGCUAUGGUGAGUGCUGCCCAUGGAUGAUGGAGCUCAUGAGAGGAGGCCUCAGCUGGAUGGGCUCUGUAGCAGAGCUCUGCCAGGGGGCCGUCCUGCAUGCCGGGGAGCUGCUGGCAGCUGAGGGCAGCUCCCUCUCUCUGGUAAAGAAAGAGAGCAGUGGCAGGAACAUCUUGGAGGAGGUGAUUGCCCUGACUGCAUUGGGGUGCUCGAGCGAAGACGACGUCUGCAGCCAUGCACACCUGGAGUUGGUGAAGGGUAUUAUGGGUUGUGUACUGGCUACAAGGUCACCAAUGAAUCUGAGAGAUGUUUCAGAGGACCCCAGAUUUAAUUUAGAUGACAAGCACUUAUCAAAGAUCAGGGGUGUUUUGAGCAUUCCCAUCAAGAACCACAGGGGAGAGAUGAUCGGUGUAGUGUUAAUGAUCAAUAAGAGAAAUGAAUGCGAUGGAUCAGCUUCUGCUUUUACCAACAUGGAUGAAAAGGUGCUGUCCAAUCAUAUGGAUGUGUUGGGGAUGGUCCUGGACAAUGUCCAGCUGUAUGAGAGCUCAAGACAGGAGGCCAAACGCAGCCAGGCCUUGAUAGAGAUGGCACAGGUAUUGUCAAAAGAGCACCGGUCCUUUGAAGUUCUGCUGAGUAAGAUGGCUGCCACCAUCAUGCCAUUCACACACGCUCAGUACUACACCAUCUUCAUCCCUGGCGAGCAAACAGUUGUGGAAGACGAGGUUUCAUUCUCCAGAGUGAUCCACCUGGAGUGUGAGGAGCUCGGAUCAACCUGCCAGAUCUACAGAAGAGAGCGUGACAUCAGUGAUCUAGACCCGUCGUAUGCUCUUCGAACUCUGCUUGCUAUGGAAACCCUAAAUAUGUCGGAGAGUUCUGGGGAACCGAUGAGGAGUCUGAUCUGCUGCCCUGUGAGAAAUGAGAGGUCUGAAGAUGUUAUUGCGGUGUGCCAGCUGAUGAACAAAAGAAGCAGGGACUCAGAUGAGGUGGAAGCCUUUAACAGAUAUGAUGAGCGCCUACUAGAGGACCUGGCUGUGUACUGCGGCCUGGCACUGCAGUAUGCCCAGGCUGUGCAGAUCACUGAGGAGCGGAGGGCCAGUAUAGAGGUCACACAGGAGGUUCUUGCCUACCACAUCACCGCAGCAGAGCAGGAAAUCCAAGCAUUGCAGGAGGCCACUAUUCCUUCUGCCGAAUCACUGUUUAUUCUAGACUUCCAUUUCUCUGAUUUUGGUCUGCCAGAAGACCUGACCACUCAGGCCACCAUUCGUAUGUUCCUGGACCUCAAUUUGGUGCAGGAUUUUAACAUUGAUUAUAAGAAUCUCUGUCAGUGGGUCCUAACCGUCAGACGUGGUUACAGGAACAGCGUGCCUUAUCACAACUGGAACCAUGCACUGAGCACUGCUCAGAGCAUGUUUGCUAUGCUAAUGGCCACAGACCAAUUCCAGACAAUAUUUUCCCGUCUGGAGAUAUUAGCAUUGAUGAUAGCCACUCUGAAUCAUGAUCUUGAUCACAGAGGAGUCAGUAACUCUUACAUAGAAAGGAGUCAACAGCCUUUAGCUCAACUGUAUGGACAUUCUUCUCUAGAAAAUCACCACUACAACCUGUGCCUCUUCAUCCUAAACAACACUGGGAGUCAGAUUCUCAGUGGUCUCUCUUCAGAAGACCACAGAGCGGUACUGCAUAUGAUCAAAAGGGCAAUCCUCGCCACUGACCUGACCGUCUACAUGGAGAGAAGAAAAGAGUUCUUUUCUCUCUCUAAGAAAAGCAGAGUGAACUGGAAGAGUGAGAAAAAAAGAGAUUUACUGAGGUCGAUGUUGAUGACAGCUAGUGACCUCUCUGCUAUCACAAAGCCUUGGCCCGAACAAAAAAGGAUUGCCAACCUGGUUGCCAUGGAGUUCUUUGCACAAGGGGACAAAGAGAGAGAAGAGUUCAAAAUCAAACCCAUUGACAUAAUGAACAGAGAAAACAGCACCCGACUGCCAUGCAUGCAAGUUGAAUACAUUGAUGAUAUCUGCUAUCCACUCUACAAGGCUGUGUCAAGACUGUUUGACACCUGCUCCCCACUGAUGAAUGGUUGUAAGAAGAACAGAGAAAACUGGCUGCAUCUUGCUGCAGAAGGAAAGGAAGGACACGGGGGAAAAAGCAGCAGUGUAACCCUGGAAACAUAUAAAAACAACGAGGAAGAGGAACAGAGAGAAGAAUAGAGGACUGGACGGAAGAUGAAGACACAUAGCUUUGGAAGCAAAAGGGUGUCUGUUGUUCUCCAUUCGCUCUUGGACAGAUCUUGACUAAAUAUUGGUUUACUCUGUCUACAAAAUGUGUAAAUGGGAUGUAUAAUAAUCCUGACUAAUAUCAGCUAUGGUGCAGUUUUGUCCCAAACAACUGGAGAAUAUCCUGUACAGUGACGGCUGGUGGAGAUUUUGGGUGGGUGGGCUAACAAAUGCAUUACACUCAUGAAUACGUCACACAGCAGCAACAGCAGCAUCACAUCAAGUUACAGCAACAACAUUGUAUACUUUGUUAUAGCAAGUGCUCUACGGCAACACUGGGGAGACAAACCCAAAAGAAUGACCUGAUGCCAAAAAAAAAUCUCUGUCUCUCUCUCUCUCUCUCUUCUGUACACAUCAGCACAUGCCAAUUGUGCUACAACUACUUUAUAGAAAAGUAUCAGCAACAAUUUGCAACACCAUGUACCAGAAAUAAAUCUAUAAAACCAAAGCAAAACUAAUUAUUUGUAGAAGAGAGAGUUGUUUCAGAGCUUGGGCAUACCUUAUUUAAAACGCAGCGGCUGCAGCUGUGUCCACAUCUGGAUGUGGCUGAUGGUCAUCUGUGGUCAGCAGUUCAGAUAUGGAGCACGAAACAUUCUCCAGGUCCUGUCUCGUUUAGAGAGAAUCUGUGGUCUUAGAUGUGUACUUUGCAACCUGUAUAUCUGACAGGUGAUUGGCUAAUUGACUGUCUAAAAAGAGAACUGGUCGCCGCUGGAGUGAAGUGGGAGAUUAAUCGGACCCCCGCAGGGCGAGCUUGUGUCCCCACAAAAUGUAAUACAGUCCACAAUCCGUGAUAGUGAAUGCCUGUUGUUUUUUACCAGCUCGUUGUGUCUCUGUACAGGAUGCGGUGACCCUCAUUAAGCUGACAGGCUCACUUUACCCAGCAAUGACAACUUUGCUAUUUCCAAUGUGGCUCGUGCUACAUUCAUGUUUCCUAAUUUAGUCGGAUAAAUAUUUUAAAUCCACAAUUCCUUGUUGGAUCCAAACCUGUUAGCCAGUCCGUUAGCUGAAACCACGUAACACAAAAUAACGAUUUUGUCGUUUGUCCUUUUGUGUUAUUUGAACAUCAUUUGGAUGAUAUGUCCCCAAUCUCUGUGUUUCCAAUUUUUCCUCCAAAUACUUUAAAGAAAAUUGAUUAGAAAGUAAAUAAUCCACCUCGUUCAUGUUCAUGCUAACGCCCGCCAUACUA